GGGUGACGUGUGCUACUGCCUUUUCAGGUCUACAUAGAUAUCUUCCAAAGUGAACAAAAAACUUCUUGUGUUCACUCUCCGAUUUUUCUUAAUAAUUACAAGUCUCUGAUCUCUGUAUAGCAGAAUAGGUAUAAUAUAGCCGCAAAUAAUCUUUAUCUGAAUCUCCUGAUUUAAUUCCUCAAUUUUUGUUAUCAUUCAUUCGUUUUUCCUUUAUCUUCUGGUUGCUAAUUUGUGUGAAGGCGUUUGAAGAUCUUUAGAUUCUGAAGAGUGCAGUCUAAAGCGAAUCUAUAUAUAAUCAUUCAGUCUUCUAGCUUUAUCCCUGAGCACAAAUUUUUGAAAGAAGAAUAAGUUAACUAGAAAUAUUGAGAUUGGGGACAAUGAGUCGGCCCAGAAACUAUUCCAGAGAUAGAGAAAAUGAGCCAGGAGGAUCGCGUGGAAUUCAAUUGCAGGGCUGUACUGAUAACGAAUUCGCACAGCUUACAAAGGUUAAGUCGGCCCCACAUGAACGCUUGAGCAAUGUGCUGCCCGGCAGAGCCAAAUUACCCAUUUCGCCCGUGAAGAUGCUGGCGGGCAGGGAAUGUAACUUCAGUGGGAGAGGGAGAUUUUCGUCAUCGGACUCUUGUCACGUUUUGAGCCGUUAUCUGCCCAUUCACGGUCCUUCAGAGGUUGAUAGGAUGAAUAGCUGUGCAUAUGUAUCUCAGUUUUCGGAUGAUGGGUCUCUGUUUGUUGCCGGGUUUCAGGAAAGCCAUAUUAGAAUAUAUGAUGUCGAUAUGGGAUGGAAAGUGCGUAAAGACAUUCUUGCAAAGAGCUUGAGGUGGACUAUUACUGAUACAUCUAUUUCGCCUGAUCGCCGUUUUCUUGUUUAUUCCAGUAUAACACCUGUCGUCCAUAUCGUUGAUAUUGGAUCAGCUACAAAGGAGUCUCAUGCAAAUGUGACGGAAAUUCAUGAAGGCCUGGAGUUCUCAUCUGAAGUUGAUGAUUAUGAUGAUUAUUCUUUUGGCAUUUUUUCCGUUAAAUUCUCCACGGAUGGGCGAGAGCUUGUAGCGGCUUGCAGUGAUGAAUCGAUAUAUGUUUAUGAUCUUGAAUCAAAAAGGCUAAGUCUCAGAAUCCCAGCUCAUCUGUCUGAUGUCAAUGCUGUUUGCUUUGCUGAUGAGAGUGGCCACAUCAUAUAUUCUGGCAGUGACGAUCACCUCUGCAAAGUUUGGGAUAGACGAUGCUUUGCAUCGAGGGGGCAAGCCGCUGGUGUUCUAAUAGGACAUUUAGAAGGCAUUACAUUCAUUAAUUCGCGUGGAGAUGGCCGUUAUCUCAUCUCAAAUGGAAAAGAUCAAGCCCUCAAACUUUGGGAUAUAAGGAAAAUGUCAUCUAAUGUCAAUUACACCCCAAGACGCCGCUAUGAAGAAUGGGACUACCGAUGGAUGGAAUAUCCACAACAGGCGAAAAAUUUGAGACAUCAUGCUGACCUGUCACUGGCUACAUAUAGAGGCCAUUCUGUAUUGCGCACUCUCGUACGCUGUUAUUUCUCGCCAGCCUAUAGUACUGGGCAGAAGUAUAUUUACACAGGGUCAGCUGAUUCCUCCGUUUAUGUUUACGACGUGUUAAGUGGUGAUCAAGUGGCAAAACUCGAUUACCAUGAGGAUGUUGUACGUGACUGCAAUUGGCACCCUCACUUCCCGAUGAUUGUGAGCUCCUCAUGGGAUGGAAUGAUUUCACGUUGGGAAUUUCCUGGCAAAGGUGAAAAUACGUUGCCCGUUAGGCGAACUCGAAGAAGAAGGCGGGUUAUCUACUGAUUUCUGGUUCUAAUGUAUGAUAUGAACGUACAAGCUUCGUAGUGUCCCAAUGUACACUAACUGUGAAUUAUGGUAUUACUAUUAUAUGGAUAAGCAAGUAAUGUAGUGUUUAUGCUCUGCUGCGUUUGUCAAAUAAAAAUGUCAUACUGAUUUUUCAUUUAUGAGAAAUAAUUUUCAAAACAA